UGGGUCCAUGCUUUGGUUCAGUAUUCAGAUUAUUAUACAUUGCAAAAAUGGCAUCAUUCACCAUGACAGCUUCCAUCCUUGGCUGCCCAGCCGUCACCAACCGGUCGGCAGCGACGCAGAGGAGAUCAGUGGUAGUGAAUGCAGCCAGCAAAUCUGUUGAAGGGGAAAAGGUCAGUUAUGACAACAAUGGUAGCAAUGCAAGGAGGAACUUGAUGUUCGCCACGGCGGCGGCUGCUGUUUGCUCUUUUGCUGCAGGGAUGGCAUUGGCAGAUGAGCCUAAACCAGGAACCUCAGAAGCCAAGAAAAAGUAUGCCCCGGUUUGUGUCACCAAUCCUACAGCUAGGAUUUGUCGCAAUUGAGGAACUUUUUUGUUUCACUUUUGGAAUUUGGAAAUGUACAAUGAAUUUGUUGUAAGGCUUUGAUGAUUUCAUUUCAUCCUCACUGUACUAGAUGUUCAUAAAAGUAUCGACUUUGCUUCGUCGUCUCUUUGGUGUUGUAAUGCUUAAAUUAUAUUUUUUUUU